CACCUGUCCUGUGCUCGGUCCCUUUCCAGCCCAGGACAUCCAAUCGGAUGCCAGAGAGGGAGGGACUGCAGCUGGUGCCUGUGUGCCAAGUGCCUGCUCCCUGCAGCCAGUGGUGUGUGAUUCUAAUAAUGAGCACUGGGGAUGGUGACUGUGACAGCCCUGAGGCCACCAGCAGAACAGAAGGGGGACGAAGCAGCAGCCUAAUACACCCGCAGGGAAUCCCGGCGUCGGUACCGUGCGGAGAUAAUCUACACCGUAUUGUCCUCACAUUGCUCCGGCCCAUGGGGAGAGGCCGUCGGAGGGACUGAGAGAGUCGUCUCUGGAGGUCAGGACUCAGCGGAGAGAUGAGGCCGGCGGGGGUAGCCUUCUGCCUCUGCCAGUGUUUGCUGGUCCCUCUCAUGGCGGGCAGGCUGACCAGGGCUGAGAGCAGGCCGACGGACAUGAAACCGGCGCAGUUUGGCACGCGCUACACUGGGAGUAUCGACAGGGACAUCGAAGAGGUCUACGCCUUCAACUACACCAGCGUCCCCGGCAAGGUGGAUGCUCUCCGUGUCUUUGUCAUGUCCAAUUCUGAUGACUUGGAGUUCCCUCUCCUCUUCGUGGUGCGCCAGCAGAAAGGGGUCCUCUCCUGGCAGGUUCCUCUUGUCUUCAGGGGCUACUACCAAAGAACGUACACGUACCAGGAUGUGAGCCGCACCUUGUGCCCCACGGACCCCGAAGGUCAGACCCAGCCCUUGGAGCAGUUCAUGUACAUAGAUAUUGCCUCCAUGGCGCCCACUAGUGUCCAGUACGAGCUGAUAGUCAUCCGGCUUCCGAACUUCGAGCUCCAGACCGACGUUCCCUUCAAUUUCAGCGCAUCCCCGUCUCAGCCUCAGUAUUUCCUGUACUCCUUUCCUGAAGGGGUGGAUUCGGUGAUCAUCAAGGGGAGUUCGGUAAAUGCCUAUCCGUGUGCCGUGGUGUCGGUCCAGGAUAUCACGUGUCCUGUUUAUGACCUCGAUCAUAACGUGGAAUUCAAUGGAGUCUACCAGUCUAUGACAAAGAAAAUCGCCAUCACUAUACAGAGGAAGGAUUUCCCUAAAGGACAGUUCUACAUCGUCUUUGUCAUCAAACCUGAGGACUAUGCCUGUGGUGGCUCUGCCCCAAAGUCCACAUCAGGGGACCACACCUGGAACCUGAAGCGCGUGAAGCACAUUGAAGUGACGGUCUCGCCAUCUAUAAAGAACACCGUCUACCUCCACGCCACCCUCCUGUGCUUUCUCUUCUUCCUCAUCUUCUACCUGGGGGCCUUCCUGGUAUUUUUUGUUCACCAUUUCAGGAUGCAGAAGAAGAGGGUGAAUAUGAGUGGGAGCCCGGAUGAAGGAGAGGGCACAGUGGCGGCUUCACACCCCAUCACAACCAGCACACCGGAAGGCAGCAGCUACGGAGCUAUAGAUGAGUCACGUCAGCGCACAGGCAGAACCCCUCCGCCCAUCCCUCGCCCUCGCAUUUAUUCCGACAGCUCUGUGGAUGAAGAGAGCGACUUUGAUGGAAUACCUGAAAUGGAGAGCGAUAAGAACGUCAUCCGAGCGAAGGCCUUUCUCUACGUCUCCGAUCUGUCCGUCAAGGACCGCAGAACCAUUAGUAAGAAAUACAAGAUCUAUUUCUGGAAUAUAAUUACCAUCGCCGUCUUCUACGCCUUGCCUGUCAUACAGCUCGUCAUCACCUACCAAACAGUGGUAAAUGUUACUGGCAACCAAGACAUCUGCUACUAUAACUUCCUGUGCGCCCACCCCCUCGGGGUCCUCAGCGCGUUUAACAACAUCCUGAGUAACAUGGGCCACAUCCUGCUCGGAUUCCUCUUCCUCCUCAUCGUCCUGCGACGCGAUCUCCUGCACCGCAGCCUGGUGGAAGCGAAUGACGUCUACGCCCUGGAGUACGGAAUCCCCAAACAUUUCGGUCUCUUCUACACGAUGGGCAUCGCUCUGACCAUGGAAGGUGUGCUCAGCGCUUGUUACCACGUCUGCCCCAACUACUCCAACUUCCAGUUUGAUACGUCCUUCAUGUACAUGAUCGCAGGUCUGUGUAUGCUCAAACUGUACCAGACGCGUCACCCAGACAUCAACGCCAGCGCGUAUGCGGCCUACGCCUCGUUUGCUCUGGUCAUAUUCCUGGCAGUCCUCGGAGUGGUUUUCGGGAAGGACAAUUGGUGGUUCUGGGUGAUCUUUUCCAUCAUCCAUGUGGUGGGGUCGCUGGCUCUAAGCACGCACAUCUACUACAUGGGACGUUUCAAGAUCGAUGUCUCCAAUGCAGACUUCGGGAUAUUCCGGCGAAUCUUCCAGAUCCUCUAUACAGACUGUAUCCAGCAGUGCACCCGCCCCAUGUACAUGGACAGGAUGAUUCUGUUAAUCGUGGGAAAUGUUGUCAAUCUCUUCUUCGCCAUCUUUGGACUUGUUUACCGCCCUCGGGACUUCGCCUCCUACUUACUGGGCAUCUUCAUCUGUAACCUGCUGCUGUACCUGGCCUUCUACAUCAUCAUGAAGCUCCGCAGCUCGGAGAAGAUCCAGCCUCUGCCGCUGUUCUGCAUCAUUGCCACCGCUGGUGUCUGGGCUUCUGCUUUAUACUUCUUCUUCCAAACCCUAAGCAGCUGGGAGGAGACGCCGGCCCAGUCCCGAGAGAAGAACCGGGAGUGCAUUGUCAUGCAUUUCUUCGACGACCAUGAUAUCUGGCACUUUCUUUCCUCAACCGCCAUGUUCUUCUCAUUCCUGGUUCUUCUCACCCUGGAUGACGACCUGGAUGAUGUUCGCAGAGAUAAGAUCCCGGUCUUCUAAGGAGAAUAAGCUGGCAACGUUCAACAUCUCCAACUAUUGCAACAGGUGCCAUUGGCAUCUCGUUACACCCGUGUUCCGGGCAGGAGAUGAUAUGACGGAUUACCUUCCUUCAUCCAGGGGCAGGAGAACCGUGCAGGAGCAACAGCCGGAGAGAAUGUUCUGCCCUCACCUUGGCCGACCAGCUUUCUGGAGGCACUAAAUGCUGCCUAUACAGACUCAGGCUGAUGCCAGCUGGGUCUAGUGCCACCUACCUGUGACACUAAGUCAUCACGCUCAUGUACGGGUGCAAAAUGAACUCGACACCCUCCGUGACACCAGCCACCAUUAAACAGACAUUGAACCUCUGUAUAAAUUCUACCCGGGCGUCUCUGUUACCACCGUCCAGGUUUUUGGGUCUUGUUGCUAAAACUGAUUUCAGAUACAGGGAAAAUAAUUCUGCCUGAGAGACGCCGUCAGAGUUACGUGAAGGACACCCCGGAAUCUGCCUCAGGCCGUGACUUAAUCAAUGUGCUUUACAACUUUUAUAUUUUACUGUUAAUUGUGAAACCUUUAUAACGAAGAAUCUCCAAGAAAUUGGAAGUUUAAUCUGCUCUUAUGAUGUCCAGUGAGCUCCGUCCUCCGGUUAUAUCCCGCACAGUGCCACAUCGCUGCUCGUGUUUGUAGGAUUUGUUGUUGUCUCUCGGAUAUAAUUUAUUUAAUGUGAUUUGCACUUUUAUUUUAUUUUAUAAACAGAACCUCCUCUCGCCCCCGAUUUUCCUGCGGGCGGCCAGGAAGAUGUGAAUGUUGGACUAUUUGUGAAUACGUUCCGUGGACGCUCAGUUGGAACGAGGUGAAAUUAGUCCGGAGUAAGACUGUAAGGACUGCGCGUUCCCAGUGUCAUGUAUAACAGCACUUUUAUAAACUCCUAACGCAGUCCCACAUAAUUAUUAUUAUCAUGUUUGUCGCGGAAGGACAGUAAAUGCAUCCAGAAUUUUA